AUGUCUUUAAUUUCUCAUCAUUAUGCGGAACAUUGGUUAUUUACAAAUACUUCAUCUGCAGUUCCAAAAUGGCGAUUAAAAACUCCAAAUAAAUUAACAUCAUUAAAUCAACAUUUAAUAACAUGUCCAUAUGGUGAAACGAAAGAUCUACAAAAUGAACCACCGUUUGCUUUAAUUGAAUGGAAAAAAACUGAUUUUGUAUUGAAACCCAUCGAAUAA